UGUGAAGUCGUGAUAUCUGAAUUUCCGACACGUCUUGAAAGCAGCAGCAGCAGCACAGACGUGGCCGUGGUGCAGCUGCUGCGUUCAAGUGGCGUAGUGUCCCGUGUGGACUCAGCAGAGAGGGCGAACUUUCACUCUGCAUUGCAGCCUGAGCGGCGCUGCUGCCGGAAUCACACACAACAAUGGCGACUCCCAGUCCCGACAGCAGCUUCGGCAGCUACAGCAGCUCCGGCACCGUAGGCUCCACGUCGCACAGUUUCCACCAGCAGCAGCACACACAGAGCAGCAGCAUGCAAGAAACCAACACCUGCUGGAGAUGUCAGAAUGAAACAGGGUUUCAGAUAAGCCUGUCUGGAGUGUCCCAACGUAAACGUAAAGCUCUGAAGCUGAAUUUCGCCAACCCUCCAGUGAAACCAGCCUCCAGGCUCCCGCUCCAUCCACCGCCUCCCUCUUUCCAGAACCCUCACAUAGAGCGACUGCGGACACACAGUAUCGAGUCAUCAGGGAAGCUGAAGAUCUCGCCGGAGCAGCAUUGUGACUUUACGGCGGAAGAUCUGAGAGACCUCGGGGAGAUCGGUCGCGGGGCGUACGGCUCCGUCAACAAGAUGGUCCACAAACCCACGGGCCAGAUCAUGGCUGUCAAGAGGAUUCGCUCCACUGUGGAUGAGAAGGAGCAGAAGCAGCUGUUGAUGGAUCUGGACGUGGUCAUGAGGAGCAGUGACUGUCCCUACAUCGUUCAGUUCUACGGCGCUCUCUUCAGAGAGGGCGACUGCUGGAUCUGUAUGGAACUCAUGGCUACCUCAUUAGACAAAUUCUACAAAUAUGUUUAUUGUGCAUUGGAUGACGUCAUUCCGGAGGAAAUACUAGGCAAAAUAACAUUAGCGACCGUUAAAGCACUGAACCACUUAAAAGAAAACUUGAAAAUAAUUCACAGAGACAUCAAACCUUCCAACAUUCUCAUGGACCGAGCGGGGAACAUCAAGCUGUGUGACUUUGGCAUCAGCGGUCAGCUGGUGGACUCCAUCGCUAAGACCCGGGACGCCGGCUGCCGGCCGUACAUGGCGCCUGAGAGGAUCGACCCCAGCGCGUCCAGACAAGGCUACGAUGUGCGCUCUGAUGUCUGGAGCCUGGGAAUCACUCUGUACGAGCUGGCCACAGGAAGGUUCCCAUACCCAAAGUGGAACAGCGUGUUUGAUCAGCUGACUCAGGUGGUGAAAGGUGAGCCUCCGCAGCUCAGCAGCUCCGAGGAACGCCAGUUCUCCCCGAAGUUCAUCAGCUGUGUCAACCUUUGCCUUACCAAGGAUGAAUCCAAACGGCCAAAGUACAAGGAGCUUCUGAAACAUCCCUUCAUUCUGAUGUAUGAAGAGCGUUUCGUGGAUGUCGCCAGUUACGUAUGUCGCAUCCUGGAUCAGAUCCCCGCCUCGCCCAUCUCGCCUAUGUAUGUGGACUGAUGGAGUUAGGUUGUGUGCGUGUUUGUGUGCGUGUGUAAGUGAGAGUGUGAGUGUUACGUAGUAUCAGCUGUUUAUUCACACGUUCCAAAGAACAAAGGUUGCCCGGUGCAAUGACAUGAAUAUUGUUAAGCAAACCUUAUUUACAGUCAAUUUUAAAAUAUCGUCAGCCAGAAGACAAAUGCAAUGCAUCUUUUUAUGUGCGGAGUAUACAUACAUGCACGUGUAUGUGUGUGUGUGUGUGUAUAUGUACAGUUGAAUCUACCAAAAAAAAUGUAUGAACAAAACUAGCCACCUAAUAGAUUUUGUUGAGGUGUAAGAUGUAUGCUGAUUGGCCGACUGUCUAAACGCGCGCACACGCACGCACACACGCGCAGUUUUGUUGUGUGCACGUUCAUCACAUGGUGAAGUGUUUGUCUCUUGAGAGCUCGUGGAUUCGGUAGCGUGGCAUUACUUCUGUCUGUGUGUCCUGACACGUGACGGGGACAUUUACAUUUCUUACAUCCAAUGUUAGCCACGGCCCAUGUCUCAUCGUUAGGUUUCCGUCGCAGAGCUGAGUGUCUGGCUUUCUAAAGCCAGAAGAUCAUUUAACAAGUCAAAUUGGUAGACAGUAAAAUAAAUCCAUGAGUAUAUCGUAGCAUCUUGAAAAGCAUUAGUGUUGCAUAGAGUGUGGUUUCAGAUGUUUAGCUCUGUUUCUUAAACCGAAUGAGGUGCACAAACUGGGCUGGUUCAAUGCUUCAUUGCCUGAUGUGAAGUUCUUCACUGAUGUAAAUGUGUGUGUGUAUAGUCCAUCUGCUGUGCUGUCCCUGGCAGGCUCUGCUUUGCAGCUGAGGAUCAGAUCUCUUGGUGCACAAUGAGUCCUGCUGCUCCUCAGCAGCCCGCCACAGCACUCUGACCACAGAUAGGCCAAUGGGACAGAGUUAAAAAUCCUGGCAAGGGUUUCCUGUCGACAACCCACAAAUGCUGCUAAAUGACAUAAUGUCCACUUUUGUACCAACCACACCCCUGCCAGGAGAGGACGAGGAUCUGUCCUCACAUGGUCCCAGCAUGUUCCUCCGGGACUCGCCACGUCUCUCUGGCUCGCACUGAUGAUGAUGGAAUGUGUCCCACGCCAAACCAUAUACCAAACUCGGGAUGCAUAUCCAUAGUCUAACAGCCGCUCCCUCACCUGUCUUCCUUCACCAGGCGACACCGCAACUCAGACUACCGAGAUGCAGCCGCAGCCGCUCCCUCCAUCACACAGUUAGCUACUUAACCAAUGUCUGAAUGGUGGUCCUUCCACACUGGGCAAUGUAGAGACUUGUAAUGUCAUAAAUGAAUUUAGUGGUAAGGAUGGCAAUAUUUAUAUUUUAAUAUAACACUGAAUAUUGCCAGCCUUAUCUGUAAACCGCGCAAACUAAUAAUGUAAGUAAAGUUCAUUUCAUGCAACAUAGCCUA